AGCAGAACCAGGCGCUACGGACCCCUAGCCCAUUCCCCGGGCAGGCCCCGGACUACAGCUUGCCUGCUGCCCGCCAGCCCCCUCGUCCCAUGGGGUCUCUUUUCCAGCCCCGGCCCGGUGCCCCAGCAGAGGCGCAGAGCAGCUCUGCCACCGAGCUGGGGCGGGCGCUGCCAGGGCAGCCCCCCCAGCAGCCCCUGGCUGAGCUGGUUCAGGCAGCUCUGGCUGCCCGUGGCCCCCAGCCCGGACUCAUUCGCCUCCCCACGCCACCAGCCCCCUCGCCCCUGGGCUGUGCCCCCCAGCACCUGGCCAGCCCUGAGCAGAACCCCCAAGAGCCAAAGAAGACGUCACCGGGAAUCCCAGCCUUGGCCCCCAGCCCGGCGGCACCCACAGAGCCAGGGCUGACUUCUACGCCGAGCGGUGCCCUCCCUGAGCCAGCACACGGCCCCUGGGACCCCGAGGCGCCUGGGGUGGACCCAGCUGACCCUGGUGAGACCCACAUCAACGGGGCUGCGCCAGAGGGGGCCCCUGCGGCAGGCGAAGCUCCCCAGGUUUUGGUGAAGCAGGAGCCGAAGGAAGAGGCAGCGGCAGCGGCACAGUGUGAGGUGGAUGGAGAUGAGACAGCAAAACUGGACGCCAAUGGGGACCCUGGGGACAGCCAGGCCAACAGCCUGCUGGCCCCGGGUGGGCGCUCCGAGGCCGGGCACCUGCUGCUGCAGAAGCUACUGCGGGCCAAGAACGUGCAGCUGUCAGCGCAGAGCCCAGGAGAGCUCAACGGGCACUUGGAGAACCGGAGCACUGGGACAGAGCCACGGCCGCAGUCACUGCUGCUGGGCCGGGAGGACCCCUCCAUUGCCAGGAAGCCGGCGCCCACCAAGCCUAAGCGGGUGCAGAAAGGCAACGAGCGCAUCCCAGCGUCCCGCAAGAAGCUGCGGAAGGACGAGGGGCUGCGUCCUGGUGAGGCCCUCAUGAAGCAGCUGAAGCAGGAGCUGUCGCUGCUGCCGCUGACGGAGCCGACCAUCAUGGCCAACUUCAGCCUGUUCGCACCCUUCGGCAGCAGCCCCAUCAACGGGAAGAGCCAGCUGCGGGGCGCCUUCGGCAGCGCUGUGCUCGACAGCGUCCCUGACUACUACUCCCAGCUGCUCACCAAGAACAACCUCAGCAACCCACCCACGCCACCCUCCUCGCUGCCCCCCACACCCCCUCCCUCCGUGCAGCAGAAGAUGGUGAAUGGUGUCACGGCCCCUGAGGAGCUGGGGGAGCAGCCCAAGGACGCCGACCCAGCCCGCGAGCCCCACGGCCAGAAAGAUGCACCAGCUGUGGAGGUGAAGAGCCUGGACCUGCUGGCAGCACUGCCCACCCCUCCUCACAACCAGACCGAGGAUGUCAGGAUGGAGAGUGACGAUGAGAGCGACUCCCCCGACAGCAUCGUCCCUGCUUCAUCCCCCGAGAGCGUCCUGGGCGAGGAGCUGCUCCGCUUCCCACUUCUCAGCGAGGCCAAGCCAGAGCUGGAGGAGCGUGUGCUGUCCCCCAUCAUCCCCAUCAUCCCCCGGGCCAGUAUCCCAGUGUUCCCCGACACAAAACCCUAUGAGGUCGCAGAGCCCUUUGGGGCCCCACCAGGGAAGGUGGGGUCAGCAGGCCCUGGAGCCCCGUGGGAGAAGGGCAAGAGCAGCGAGGUCUCCGUCAUGCUGACGGUGUCUGCAGCAGCUGCCAAGAACCUCAACGGGGUGAUGGUGGCCAUGGCCGAGCUGCUGAGCAUGAAGAUCCCCAGCUCCUACGAGGUGCUGUUCCCCGACGGCCCUGUGCGAGCAGCUGUGGUCGAGGCUAAGAAGGUGGAGAAUGAUAUGGCCGGAAUGCUCGGAGGGAAGGAGAAGGCGCUGGCUGGGAAGGUGCCGGACAGCAGCUCUGAGUGGCUGAAGCAGUUCGAUGCGGUGCUGCCCGGGUACAGCCUCAAGGGCGAGCUGGACCUCCUGACGCUGCUCAGACAGGAGAGCCCUGCUCCUGAGAAGACCCUUCACCACUGCUAUGUCAACAACGUCUCCAACCUGGACGUGCGGCAGCUCUCUGUCCUGCCCCAGGAGCCCUCGCCCCCGCUGUCCCCCUCCGUCCCCUCCCCAUCCAGCCCCGCUGAGCCCACCAGGGUCCCCGACCCCGAGGCGUCCCACGAGGCAGCCCCAGCCCCAAUGUCACCGCUGCCGCCAGCCCCCUCGCCAGCCCCCCAGGAGGAAGGGGCCGCAGCCGCCCACUCCCCGCCCCGUUUCAAGCCGCGCUCGCGGCCUCCGGAGGACGGGGACGAGGCGAGGCCACGGCUGAAGAAGUGGAAGGGGGUGCGCUGGAAACGGCUGCGCUUCCUCGUCACCAUCCAGAAAGGGGGGGCCAAGCGUGACGGCGACAAGGAGAUCGCAGAGUUCAUCGACAAGCUGGGCACCACGCUGCGCCCCGAGAAGGUGCCGCAGGACCUGCGCAAAUGCUGCUUCUGUCACGAGGAGGGCGACGGGGCCACGGACGGGCCAGCCCGCCUGCUCAACCUUGACCUCGACCUCUGGGUCCACCUGAACUGCGCCCUGUGGUCCACGGAGGUGUAUGAGACUCAGGGAGGGGCCCUGAUCAACGUGGAGGUGGCCCUGCACCGCGGGCUCCUCACCAAGUGCUCCCUGUGCCAGAAAACCGGUGCCACCAACAGCUGCAACCGCAUCCGCUGCCCCAGCGUGUACCACUUCGCCUGCGCCAUCCGCGCCAAGUGCAUGUUCUUCAAGGACAAAACCAUGCUGUGUCCCCUGCACAAGCUGAAGGGGCCCUGCGAGCAGGAGCUCAGCAGCUUCACCGUGUUCCGCCGCGUCUACAUCGAGCGGGACGAGGUGAAGCAGAUCGCCAGCAUCAUCCAGCGCGGGGAGCGGCUCCACAUGUUCCGCGUGGGCGGUUUGGUCUUCCACGCCAUCGGGCAGCUGCUGCCACACCAGAUGGCCGAUUUCCACAGCGUCACGGCCCUCUACCCCGUGGGCUACGAGGCCACGCGCAUCUACUGGAGUCUGCGGACCAACAACCGCCGCUGCUGCUACCGCUGCACCAUCUGCGAGAACAACGGGCGCCCAGAGUUCGUCGUGCAGGUCAUCGAGCAGGGCCUGGAGGAUCUUGUCUUCUCCGACUCCUCGCCACAAGCUGUCUGGAACCGGAUCAUCGAGCCAGUGGCGAUGAUGAGGAAGGAGGCCGACAUGCUGCGACUCUUCCCUGAGUACCUGAAGGGCGAGGAGCUCUUCGGCCUCACGGUGCACGCGGUGCUGCGCAUCGCGGAGUCGCUGCCGGGCGUCGAGAGCUGCCAGAACUACCUGUUCCGCUACGGGCGCCAUCCUCUGAUGGAGCUGCCCUUGAUGAUCAAUCCCACCGGCUGCGCCCGCUCCGAGCCCAAGAUCCUCACCCACUACAAGCGGCCGCACACCCUGAACAGCACAAGCAUGUCCAAAGCCUACCAGAGCACAUUCACGGGCGAGACCAACACGCCCUACAGCAAGCAGUUCGUGCACUCCAAGUCCUCCCAGUACCGGCGCCUGAAGACGGAGUGGAAGAACAACGUGUACCUGGCGCGCUCCCGCAUCCAGGGGCUGGGGCUCUACGCGGCCAAGGACAUCGAGAAGCACACGAUGGUCAUCGAGUACAUCGGCACCAUCAUCCGUAACGAGGUGGCCAACCGGCGGGAGAAGAUCUAUGAGGAGCAGAACCGCGGCAUUUACAUGUUCCGCAUCAACAACGAGCACGUCAUUGACGCUACGCUGACAGGGGGCCCGGCCAGGUACAUCAACCACUCGUGUGCCCCGAACUGUGUGGCCGAAGUCGUGACCUUCGACAAGGAGGACAAGAUCAUCAUCAUCUCCAGCCGGCGCAUCCCCAAGGGGGAGGAGCUCACCUACGACUACCAGUUCGACUUUGAGGACGAUCAGCACAAGAUCCCCUGCCACUGUGGAGCUUGGAACUGCAGGAAGUGGAUGAACUAAACUGGGAAACAGGAGCUGGGGGCUGCCACCCCCGCCUCAGAGACCUCGCCGAGCCCCCCAGGGCUGCAGGAGGUGCCAGGGGCGGCCGGGCACUGAGGGAGAGCAGCGGCUGCAGCGCUGCCGGCCCUGCCCGAGCGGGACGGACGGACAGAUGAACUGGCAACUCAGGGUUUUCUUUGCUUCGUCCUGCGAGGAAAAAAAAAGAAAAAAAAAAGAAAAAAAAAAAGAAAAAAAAAGGAGUGGGGGGGCUCAGAAAUGCCCCCUUCACCACCCCCUGCCUGCAUCCCUUGUGGGGGAGCCACGGGGGAGCAGCGCCAGGCCCGACGUGGCCGGAGCGAUUGUGCGGAGCCGGUCUGGAUAUAACGAUUAUUUUAUUUUAUUUUAUUUUAUUUUCGUUUCUUUUUUUUUUUUUUUCCUCUUUUUUUUUUUUUUUUUUUUUUUUUAGAAACUAAUAAUAUUUGCUCGCUAAUUACCAAGGUAA